AUAAGAAGUAGAUGCAGAACCUGAGUAGACAGCUGGUUUUCUCAAAAUUCCUUCUGGCUAAGGCUAUUCGGAGUAUCUCCCUACCCUACCCCUUCCCACUUCCUGUGUGCUUUAGUGGGUAUAGUCUGAAGAAGAGCCUGUGGUCAUAGGGUCAUAGCACUGCCCCUAUCCUUCCCCAGGUUCCUGCCUGAAGACCAGUUGGUCACCCUCUUCUGCCUGCUGCCUCCUCCGACACUAGCCCCUCAUCAACAUGCAUUCCUUGGACGAGCCACUCGACUUGAAACUGAGUAUCACCAAGCUCCGGGCGGCGAGAGAGAAGCGGGAGAGGACGCUGGGUGUGGUCCGGCACCGUGCUCUGCACAGGGAGCUGGGCCUGGUGGAUGACAGCCCUACACCUGGCUCCCCAGGCUCCCCACCUUCAGGCUUCCUGCUGAACCCCAAGUUCUCCGAGAAGGUGGAUGGACGCUUUUCUGUAGCUCCUCUGGUGGACCUCAGCUUAUCACCGCCAUCUGGACUGGACUCCCCCAAUGGCAGCAGCUCACUGUCCCCUGAGCGCCAGGGCAAUGGGGACUUGCCUCCAGUGCCCACUGCUCCGGACUUCCAGCCACUGCGCUAUUUGGAUGGCAUCCCCAGCUCCUUUCAGUUCUUCCUACCCUUGGGCUCUGGGGGUGCCUUGCACCUGCCUGCUUCUUCUUUCCUAAACCCCCCCAAGGACAAGUGCCUCUCGCCAGAGCUGCCCCUACCCAAGCAGCUGGUGUGUCGCUGGGCUAAGUGUAACCAGCUCUUUGAGCUCCUACAAGACCUUGUGGACCAUGUCAAUGACUACCAUGUGAAGCCUGAGAAGGACGCGGGGUACUGCUGUCACUGGGAGGGCUGUGCCCGCCACGGCCGCGGCUUCAAUGCCAGCAGGUACAAGAUGCUUAUCCACAUCCGAACACACACCAAUGAGAAGCCACACCGCUGCCCAACCUGCAACAAGAGUUUCUCCCGCCUGGAAAACCUGAAGAUCCAUAAUCGGUCUCACACAGGUGAGAAACCGUACAUCUGCCCCUAUGAGGGCUGCAACAAGCGCUACUCCAACUCGAGUGAUCGCUUCAAGCACACUCGCACCCACUACGUGGACAAGCCCUACUACUGCAAGAUGCCAGGCUGCCACAAGCGCUACACGGACCCCAGUUCACUGCGCAAGCACAUCAAAGCCCACGGCCACUUUGUGUCCCACGAGCAGCAGGAGCUCCUACAGCUGCGCCCUCCCCCCAAACCGCCACUGCCUGCCCCUGACAGUGGCCCCUAUGUCAGUGGGGCCCAGAUCAUUAUCCCUAACCCUGCUGCCCUCUUUGGAGGUCCCAGUCUACCUGGCCUGCCCCUGCCCCUAGCCCCAGGCCCCCUUGACCUCAGCGCCCUGGCCUGUGGCAAUGGGGGUGGGGGUGGGGGUGGGGGUGGAGGGAGCAUGGGCCCUGGGCUGCUGAGCCCCGUCCUGCCCCUUAAUCUGGCCAAGAACCCACUGUUGCCCUCCCCUUUUGGGGCUGGUGGACUGGGCUUGCCUGUGGUCUCCCUCCUUGCUGGCUCCGCUGGCAGCAAGGCUGAGGGGGAAAAGAGUCAUGGGUUGGUGCCUACCAGGGCCCUGGGUAUGGAGGGCCACAAGACCCCCCUUGAAAGGACGGAGAGCGGUCGCUCCCGGCCAAGCCCCGAUGGACUCUCCCUGCUGCCGGGCACUGUGUUGGACCUGUCCACGGGGGUCAGUUCAGCCAACAGCCCAGAGGCACUAACCCCUGGCUUGGUGGUCAUCCCACCAGGCUCUGUGCUGCUCAAACCAGCUGUGGUGAACUGAGCCUUUCUGCCCACCAGCUAUGCUGUAAGGUCAACAACUCCAGGCCCCUGCCCGACAAACAGAAACUCUUCUGCGAAACAGCAAUAAUAUUCUACUGCCCUGGGGUCUGGUGGUUGUGUUCCUCAAACAGCUGCAGCCUCAGAUGAGGGGGCAGCAGGGAUGGUGCUAGAAGGUCACUGCUGGUCUUCCAGCUCCCAAGUGAGGACCUGGACUUGCCAUCCAAGGAAAGCCAUGCUCUUGGGUGCUGAGGCCUUAACUCGCCUCUGGCCUCCUGCCUCAUAGUUUCUAUGAGGCGCCUCUCUGCCCAUCCUCCACUCUCAUCUUCCUUGACCUCCUACCCUGGUGCUUCCUUCAUCCUGUGGCUGACCUGGGCAGGUCACCGUCCCUCCCUAUUUUGUCUCCUUGCCAGCUAGGGUCCAGCAGACUGCUGUCCAAGUCCCAGCCGUGGGGUGGGUAGGGUAGCACCUAUUCUGCCUGCUGGUGUCAGGCUCUUGCCACUCUCUUCAUGUGUGAGCCCUAAGGAGUUCCUAGAAAUCGGUGGUCCUCCCCCAUCUAGGCUCACCCAGCUUCUUGACCCCUUUCCCUCUAGCCCAACCCUCUAGAGGGAGAGCAAGAAAGACGCAGGCCAGGCUAAGCCACAGGAAGACACCUCAUUCUCCCUGCCUACCCUUAUGACAAGGUGCCUCCCUGACUACUGGAGAAGGGAGGCCUGCUUGGUCGGCUGCCCCAACCCCUUGCCCAGCCUAAAUCAGACAGCACUGCCAGGUUGGCUGCACUAGAAAGAGAAGGAAUAGCUGACCACUCAUCUGUCCUGUACCUGGGGAUCUCUUCCUCUGCCUCUUGAGCACACUGAAAGUGCGGGAAGCAGGCCCAAGAGAUCUAGGCCUCUGGUCCAGCACUAGAAGGGAGAUGCUGGGACAACUCAGGCCAGGAGGCAGCUCCAGGUCUGGGGAUAACAAUGAUACACUGGGGAGGGGCUGGAGAGAGGGAGAUUUCUAGAGGCCAUGGACUGGGGGAAGCCAGGCUGUAAAGAAUGCCUGCCUGGCCCCUUGUUGAAAGAGCUGGCUAGAGGAAGGAAACUGACUUGGGACAGGAUCGCUUCCAUUAGCUUUUCCAGCUGAGAGUUUUACCCAGAGGUGGAGUCUCCCCUCGAAUCCCGCUCAGCGAGCUCCCUUGGGAUUUGUGCUACUCAGUAAGAGUCCAGCUAUUCUUUGGGGGCCAGAGUAAGUCAAGGACGCUGGAGACAUGUGCUCCACAGGCCCACCACCCCAUCCCAGGAAGUUGGGCCCUGCAACUCCUGUAAGCCCACCACCACCAGGCCUCUUACUGUUUUCUCCUCUGCCAGCAGCUGGGAGCUCUGGCUUCUAGGCCAGCCCUGCCACUAGACUGCAGAGUGGUCAGGCCCCUUCAUGUCCCUACCUGCAGAACGGAAGAGCUGCCAAGUGGCAGUGAGUUCCUCAGUGGCCCUGAAGUUCCUCUGAGCAGCUCUGCGGACCCCACCCUUUGCUGGACUGCCCUUCUGCCCCAGAGGGGUCACCCUGAUCUGGCCUGCCUGGCUGCUGGGCCUAGGAGCCCAGCCCUGAUAGGGCCUGGCCAUGUUAGCUCUGCCCCUUGAAGGGGCUGUGAGCAGAUAGGGAGGAGCUGGUCUCCUUUCUUUGGGCCCCACCCAGGACCCAGGUAAACGUUCCCCAGUUCCUGUCAGGGUCUCAGGCCUUAAGUGCCUGGCUGGGGGUUAUGGGCUUGAGAUUCAAGCCCAGGAGCAGAGGAACAGGGCACUGGAAGGUGACAUUAGCUCAGCAUGUGAUUCUGUGAUAGACCAGGCUUGCAAGGGCCGGUGAAAUGUUUUGUUGUUGUCAGUUUGUUGUUGCACAUUCCAGGAUAUCAGUAUUUUAACAGGUUCUAAGUGCCUUUCUAUUGUAGCUUAUGUUUUUCCUCCUCUUGGCUCCAUUGCUGUUAGCAUAGAGUUUAAAAAAAGAGAUAAGCUAAUGACUAUAACAAUAUAUUCCUCCAUGUGAGAGGAAGUUUAUAAAGAAACAAUAAA